AUGAUCAUAUAGAAUUCUUGGAAGCAUGUGAUACAUACCUCAGCAGGUUUGAGCUGUGUUUGUUUGAUGAUUCUUUGUAGCAAUGUAAGACCAUAUAUGAUUUUUAAAUAAUAUGAUGCAAGUGGGUCUUGUGUUUUUUUAUAUAUUUCUUCUUUGCUUCUGUGGGAGAUGUUUUGGAAUUGGAUUUUCAUUGGGAGUGGGAUUUGUUUGGCAUGGCUUGAACUGAAUAUUUUAUUUUGGGUUGUGAUGUGAAGAGAAUCUUAAAUUCUUCAUGGGUUUUGCUUUUUACAGUUUGUAGGGAAUUUAGAGGGUGUUGUUUUGUCCAAUCAAGCUGUUUUUUGGAGCCUUGGAAGAUUGCAUUAUUCUGUUUGGACGAGUCAUGUUUGUGGCAGGAAAUGAAGUUGGGCAAUGGAAUUUUGCAGGAUAGCUUUUCGGAGUAGAUAAUCAACGACAAGCCGAAGUAGUGAACUUUUUAGAGCUUAUCUUAGGAAGGUUCCUUUGAAAGAAGAUUCGCGGGCUGGUUUUAGCCAAAGCAAAGCUAAUGGACAGGCAGCUGAAGCAGUAUGAUAAAGAAUCCAUGAAGAUGGCUAUUCUAAAGCAUGAAGAAACUUUCAAAGAGCAGGUCUUCGAACUUCACCGUUUGUAUCGAGUUCAGAAACUUCUCAUGAGAGACAUGAAUAGUAGUGGGCCAAAGAGGCCUACAACAUCUGGACACGCCUAUGAUUUUGAUCUUGAGAGAUGGAAUGUAGAAAGUGAUACAAAUCAGACCAAUUAUCAUAAAAAAGACCAACAGAGGCCACGAUUGACAAUCGACCUGGAACGGCCAGCCGAAGAAUACAUCACAGAUGACAGUGGAGAUGUAGUUUUAGAGAUUGAACAAGAAAGCAAUAUUGAGCUUACAUUGGGUAGAGGCUAUAGCCAAAGAAAGAAGGACGAAACUCCAUUGGCUUCUGAUUCAGGACUGAGCUUUUCUUCAUCUUCGACCGAUUCCGGUGCUAUGCAGAAGACAAUUGUUGGAAAUCCUCAAUGGACGAACACGACAGAGAAGUUAACAGGCCACGACUGGAGUCUUAUUCAGAUACCUGACACAAAGACGAGUUUCCAAAGCGAAACAAACAACCAUUUUGCAAUUGAAGAACAACUGAGACAAGAACGAUUAAGCCAGCCGCCUUGGCUUUACCAUGUUUUGAGUUUGAACAUGACCUAGUUUUCUCAGUUUGGCAUUGUUUCAAGAUCAUUUGAUUCUCACACAGGGUUCCAAGGUUUACAGACUGUUACCCGUCAACCUAUCGGUGGGACUGCCAUUCAAGUGAAAAUUUCCUAUCUGUGUUCUGUAUGAAGGAUGAUGUAGUAAACAAAACCCAUUUCAAACAAGCUAAUUCUCUCUAACCAAAUUCAUCAAAAUGGGAUCUUGGGUAUAGCGAAAAUCAAAUACAGGCCUGUUUUGGUGUACCCAUGCAAUGCAGAUGGCUUCUAAUGUGAAUAAGAACAGAAUCAUAAAACACAUUAACUGUG